UAGGACCAUGAACUUCUGAAGUUGCUGCUGCUGUUCCUCUCUCUCUGAAUGAAGAUUGAGCUUCACCCCAGACUGCAACUUCCUUCCUCUCUCCAACAUCUAGUAUUUGAUAUGAAAACUGAAGUUUAAAAAACAACAGAUGAAGGGCUUAUGCCCAAAACACCGACUCUCCUGCUCCUCAGAUGCUGCCUGACCUGCUGUGCUUUUCCACACUUUUCGACUCGGACUCCCAAGCGUCUGCUGUCCUCAAUUUCAAGUCAAUGUCUGACAGUCGUUCAGUCCAUUGGGCCUGUAACGAGUUUUGACUAAGAUUCUGUGAGAAGGAGCAAAGUUUUUUGGUCCCUGUUUCAGUACGUUUUCAGCAUCAGUGGGACGGAAUGAGAGAUCCUACUGUUACAGUGCACUGAGUGUGGAACCUAAAACAGUUAUUCAGCCUGGAAAGAGGAAUUCACGGUGGGGAGGGACUGUACACAUGUUUGUGUACCGCUGAAGCUUCAGCCAUGGAGAAACCCGAGGAAUCCCUCCCCGUGGAGAAAUCUUGGAAGUGUGGCGACUGUGGGAAAGGCUUCCAUGUCCCGUCUGUCCUGGAGGCUCAUCGGCGCAGUCACACUGGGGUCAGGCCAUUCUCCUGCCCUGAGUGUGGGAAGGGGUUCAGCAGUUCCUCCACCCUGCUGAGGCACAGACGGGUCCACACAGGGGAGAGGCCCUUCAGCUGCUCCGAGUGCGGGAAGGCCUUCAGCAAUUCCUCUGACCUACUGAAGCACCAGCGUGUCCACACCGGGGAGAGACCAUUUGCCUGCCCAGAGUGCGGGAAGGGGUUCAGCAGUUCCUCCGCCUUGCUGACCCACCAGUGGGUCCACACAGGGGAGAAGCCCUUCAGCUGCCCCAAGUGUGGGAAGGCCUUCACCCAGGCCUUUUCCCUGCUGAGGCACCAGAGUGUCCACACCAGGGAGAGACCAUUCGCCUGCCCAGAGUGCGGGAAGGGGUUCAGCGAUUCCUCUGCCCUGCUGACCCACCGGCGGGUCCACACAGGGGAGAGGCCUUUCAGCUGUCCUGAGUGUGGGAAGGCCUUCACACAUGCCUCCAACCUGCUGACCCACCGGUGGGUCCAUACCAGGGAGACGCCCUUCAGUUGCCCCGAGUGUGGGAAGGCCUUCAGCAAUUUCUCCCACGUGGUGAUCCACCGGCGGGUCCACUCCGGGGAGAGGCCAUUCACUUGUCCUGAGUGCGGGAAGGCCUUCAGCAAUUCCUCUGACCUACUGAAGCACCAGCGGGUUCACACCGGCAAGCGGCCCUUCAGCUGCCCUGUGUGUGGGAAGGCCUUCACCCAGUCCUGCAACUUGCAGAGGCACCAGCGGGGGCACCAGCGCUCCCAACAAUCGGAUUCUGCCGGUGAGGCUGCUGUGGGUCACCCCCAGGACUGAACCUCCUGCCCAGUCUGACAGUGGGAGAGUUGGUGGGCUUGUUUUGUUUUCUGCUGGACAGCACCCACUCCCACGGUGGCUCAGUGGUGAGUAGCAUUGCCUCCCAGUGCCAGGGACCUGGCUUUGAUUCCACUAUUGGGGCAACUAUCUGUGUGGAGUUUGCACAUUC